AUGCCCAACAAGCGCGUCCGUCGCUCCCUCCAAGAACUCGUCAGUCUUUACGACAAAGGCGAUAGAACGCAGCUGGAGAAUCUCGUCAGGGCUUUCCGCAAGAUCCAGGCCCUUGAAACUGAGCAUCUGGACUCAUUCUACAAGAUUGCUGGCUAUCAUGGCGAGCCUUUCGAAGGAGAAGAUCCUUCCGACCCAGAAUGGUGGGGUGGCUACUGUCAACAUCAAACAGUUCUCUUCCCAACCUGGCACAGAGCCUAUCUCCAUCGCUUAGAGAAUGCUCUUCGCAAUGCUUUGCCAGAAGCCACUGACCUGGCUUUGCCCUUCUGGGAUGAGUGUGCCUCUCACGGAACCAAGGAGAAUCCUAUCCCCUGGUUCGUGACUGCUCGCGAGCUUCCCUUCCCAGUUGAUGGCAAAACAGACAACCCUCUUUUCUCAUACACGCUUCAAAAGGGCCUGGCUGACAAUCAUACCACAACGGAUGUUAACCGCUACACCAAGCAUGCUGGCUACCAGACGGUUCGCUACCCAUUGUCCGGUCUUGUCGGAAAUGAUAAAGACAGACAUGAGACUGAAAUCCACAACGCCAAGUACAGGGAUGACGAAACUAAUAUCAAGAUACUCAAUUCCAACGUCAAAGCUUGGCUGGAUGGUACGGUUGAGAUCAAGGAUGAUGGGGACCCGUUGACUCAUCUCCCUGACACGUAUUCUGUCUAUUCCCGCUUUCAGCUCUGUCUCGAAGCGCCAAACUACACUGUCUUCUCCAACAAGGCUUCCAUGGGGCAGUAUAUUAAGGAUCAUGGCGGCAAGCCGCACUAUGGUGUUGCACUCGAGGAGCCUCAUAAUGCUAUUCAUCUAGCCCUCGGUGGCUUCUACCAGAAGGCCGUCUACAACGCUGACCCAAUCCUCGGCGCUAAUGGUGAUAUGGGCGAGAAUGAGACAGCUGCCUUUGAUCCCAUCUUCUAUCUCCACCAUGCCUUCAUUGACUACACCUUCUGGCAGUGGCAGCUCCGUCACAAGUGCACUAAAGCCGGCAGUCUGACUGUCCAGGCUGGUUACCCCGGCACAGAGAGUGGAGGCAACCCGGUUUUUCCGAAGGACACAGCCCUCAACAUGAACAGCCCACUGAACCCUUUCGAGAAGCCUGGCGGUGGAUAUUACACUUCAAACGAGGUGACAGACAUCAAUGAGCUUGAGUACAGUUACGGGCCUGGCUCACUUGACAUCGAGAACGUGCCGGGUCGGUACAUGCCACCCAAGGAGCCCAUUGCUCGUAUCGUGCGGGUACACGAUAUUAAUCGUUCUGACUACGCCGGUUCCUUUGUCAUCCGUACUCAUAUUAAGCUGCCUAAUGGUAGUACUGUCGAAGUUGGGCGCGAAGCCGUACUGAAUCGGUGGAACGUUGCUGGGUGUUCCAAUUGUCAAAACCACCUGAACGAGAACUCGUUCAUUCCUAUUGACGGGAAGACGAUGGAUAAUUUGAAGGGCGAGAAUGGCACUGACAAUAUCAAAUUCGAAGUUCAAAUCCAGACACGCGGAUUUGCCGGGGAUGGAUUCCGCGCUCCUGUGCGUAAACCUAAAGUUGAGUUUUUGUAG